UUGGGCUUAUGUGCUCUAUUAUCGACUCAGAAAUGCGUGUUGUUGGAACUAAACGAACAUUACGAGACGUUCGUUGAAAGGAAGGAGCAGUGCAUACGGUCACUCAAUGCCGUGAAAGCAACCAUGAAACUGGUGAUGAUCGGUGGCUCCACAUCAUCUGUCAGCAACACUCAGUAUUUGGAAUUAUGCAAAAGUGUGCAUAAACUAUUCUUCCAAUUACUGUUGAUGUCGGAUAAAUUGAACGAAAUGAUAAAAGGAAUCGAAAAUACGAAUGAAUCGCAGGAUUUGGAUAUGUCAGCAGAGGUGUUGUGUUUACACAGAUGUUUAUUGGCAAGUAUACCGGAUUCGAUGCAUAGUUCUGAUAAUUUGAACACAUCAACACGUUUAGAGCCUAAUUACGAUUCAUUACUGGUUGCCUUACAGAAGAAACAAUAUAAAAAUGCACUUCAUACUCUCAGACAACUGAGACUUCAAUAUGGUGCAGAAUUUGGGUGCUGUGAUCAAGUGGAUGUAGAAGUAUUGUUAUUAGCAUAUUGUCGAAGUCAUUCAAGUGCCUCUUGGGCGAUACUCGGAAGUCAGAAGGCACUUUCGCUGAGUUGUGCUCAAUUACGUGAAAUGAAUAUGCAAAUGGUUGCUUCAAUAAGAUUGCUUGCACCAGAUGCCAUCGCUGUGCGUUCAUCACGGGUUUCCAGUGCUUCUGAAUCGUUGAGGCCCUGA